UGUUUGGAUUCUGGUAAGAUUCUACAUAUCUUUCCCUCAAUCGCGGUCGAUAUCGUUCCGGAAGUUGGAUCAAACAGCUGCUCCCUGUUGAUGUCUUCUCGUUUCGCCGAUCUUUACAUAUCUCAUCAUCAACUCGGUGUCUCUUCUUUGCUGCUUUCCUGUACUUCAAUGGAGGGCCUCAAAAAAUACGGUUUGAAGAUCCAUGUGCCCGUUCGUGCCUUGCGUUCUCUUGUUGGGAACUUGAAGGAGAGAUACAGGAGAGAGAGGAGGAGUACAAGGAUCUACAGGUGGUUUUCGUGUGCCAGAAACACGAGGAAGAAGGACUCUCUUCCUCACACCGAGAACGAGUUCCAGGAAGAACCGAAGCAGCAGAAGAAGAAAAAGGAUGAUGAUGAUGGCACAGAAGACUCUGUAGAGGCAUCUUCUACGCCGAGAAGUAGUGAACUCGAAGACCAUCCUCCGACUCCUAUUGCUGCUGUGCCUGAACUAUCUUUGCAUGAACUGAUGGAGAACACUGACAAUUUUGGGUUAAGAUCAAUGGUUGGGGAAGGAUCACAUGCGAGAGUCUACUAUGCAGUUCUAAACGGCAAAGAAAUUGCAAUCAAAAAGCUUGACAUGCCACAGAAACAUGAGACCAAUUCUGGUUUCAUGUCGCAGCUCUCAUUUGCAUCGAGAUUGAAGCACAGGAAUUUUGUACAGCUGUUGGGGUAUUAUGUGGAGGGAAAUCUGCGGCUGCUGGCUUAUGAGUUUGCCGCCAUGGGAUCUCUGCAAGAUAUCUUGCACGGAAGGAGGGGUGCUCUGGGAACACAACAGAGGCCUUUUCUUGGGUGGGAACAGAGAGUGCGGAUUGCGAUUGAUGCAGCAAAGGGAUUGGAGUAUCUCCAUGAGCUGGUUCAGCCACCUGUUGUGCAUAGGAACAUCAGAUCCAGCAACAUCCUCAUAUUUGAUGACUGCAGAGCAAAGAUUGCAGACUUCGAUCUGCUAAACCAGGCUCCUGAUAUGGCUACACGCCUUCUCUCUUCGCGGGUUUUGGGAACCUUUGGCUACCAUGCUCCUGAGUAUGCAAUGACUGGUGAACUGACCCAGAAGAGUGAUGUUUACAGUUUUGGAGUUGUGCUUUUAGAGCUUCUAACAGGGAGGAAGCCGGUGGAUCAUUCCAUGCCUCGCGGUCAGCAGAGCCUUGUAACAUGGGCAACUCCAAGGUUGGGUGACAAGAAUAAGGUCAAACAAUGUGUUGAUCCAAGGUUGAAGGGACUCUAUCCACCUGCAGCAGCUGCACAGUUUGCACAAGUGGCAGCUGAGUGUGUGGAGUAUGAAGCUGAUCACAGGCCAGACAUGACCUCUGUGGUCAAGAAACUUAGGAAGAUUGCUGUCCAACUCUCGCUGCCAUGAUUUGUCAUCCUUGAGCUUUUGUACCUGCACCCACCAAGCUGAAUUGAAGAUGAACUUUAUGUUUGAAUUUGCCACAUGAUUGUUCUAUACUCUUUUUUUUUUUUUUUCUCUUCUCUUUCAUGUUUGCCAAUCACUUAAAUCUUUCAUCUUAACUAAAUCCUCUUCUGCUGCUGCAUAGAACAGAUAUAACUGUUCAGAAAUAAAAUUGUGUUUCACACAAAUGAAAAAAAAAAGAAGUAUUGGCUUGAGGAAUUAUUUCCUCUCUUAGCAUGAUUUAACAAGAUAGAAAUUACCUUUUUAACAAGUCUUAGUGUGCAAUUAGUAAUGCUUAUGGUAGCAUCUGAGUUGUGUGAUCCAAACAAUUUAUGAGCUGCCAUUUAUCCCACUGCCAAAUGUAUUGCUUAGA